CUCAGUGGUCUCGUCCCUUGACUACAGUUGAGAAUACCACUUGUUGAGUCGUUUUUCUUGUCGGUUGUGCGAAGAACGCUUUCGCUUUAGGAAUUUAUGUAUGCUGUCGGUGAGCGUAAGCGUACUAGUGACCUCUUCCAUGCAGGUGAGUACUAUCGGUACAGUAAUACUCGUGCUCGACAGACCGCAAUCGUCCGAACAACUUCUGCGUCAACAGUAAAAAAGUCGGUGACAUCAAUCCUGAUUCUCGGUGUCGUCCAAACACAUGUUGACAUUUGCUGACUCUUGUGCACAUCACUCGUUACAUGUUAAAAAAAAAAUAUCGGUUUAUAAUUUUCAGAAGGAUCUUUCUUCUAUAACUUUCACAGGUAACUUGACGACCCAUAGUUGCCUCUCUACUAACUUCGUGUGGGUGACUGAACGUAUCCAACGUGGACUUUUAAGAACCCGCUGCAUCGAAAAGAUUAAGAUUUACAUUUCAUUGCUUUCAAUUUCAUCCCAUAUCGUACUUCUACUUACAACCAAACCCGAAAAGCAAAAGGAAAAAAGUCGCAGCGCGGCCCUGACGCAAAACUAGCAACACAACUCGUAGAAGCAGACUUUAUUUGCUUGUUUUCAUCAUUACACCGUCACCAUGAUGCGCAGCUGCAAGAAAAUGUUGUACCUCAGCGCAAGUGCGGCUCUCCUUUCCGACCAGGCCUUCGCACUGGACACCAGGGAUAUCCGCCGAAAAAAAAAAACUAGGUCACAACAUCGCUAUUCUAUUCUGCAUGGCAAAAUUUUACAAAUUACUGUGCAUUUCCUGCUUCCUGGGGAUAAAAUAAAGAAUUGUGGUGCGGCUUCUUGCAUGCACAUACGUACAUCAGUGUACUAGGAGGUAUACUACUUGAAAAGAACAGAUGAAGAACUAAAAGGAGAAGUGUGGAAAGUGUAGCUAUGACUUCCCCUAGACUUUUUUUCCGCUGGAUCCACUUUCUGCAAGGACGACAACGGAUGAAGAAGUGUGACGACUGCGGCGUAUCCCGUGCAAAUGUUAGUGGAUCGCAUAUAUUUAGUACAGCAGGGGUGGUAUAUACUAGCGUAACAGAUCUACUUUUUUACUACCCUACCUAGUUUCAUCUCUGCGGCCGAGAAAGGACAACAUUUUUGCGAAACAAUUUGUCAUGCGAACAUCCAGCCUACUCGUGCGAUACCUGCUCUUUGCAAUGCAUAGUACGGCGGCAGCAAGGGAGGAGGAAAAAGCACGGACAAAGAGACCCAGCUUUUGGAAAACCAUUUCGCUCUGACACAACAGGCGGCUGCGGCGCAAGGAGAUGAAGAAAAAGCGAAGCUUCAGAAGCAAGUCGAUGCGAACUGGGAGAAGCUGAAGAAGGAAUUGGGCGAUGAUUAUGAGCAAAAAGUCAAAGCAUUCCUCAACAACAAGAAGAAACAGGCGGGGAACACUGCACAGUCAAGUUUCGUGUCGGUAUAACAACAAAAACCACACGAAAAACUCGCACACGCAAGACUUAUUUUUGUUUCUUCUUCCGUGUAGUUGGUGUUGGUUUGACUUUGAGCUAGAGCUCUCAACUUUUCAUCUUCGGAGUACCCGCUAAUUUUUCCCAUGUAGUCCUCUUUCCUCAGUAAAAGAAAAAGUGUUUUUCCGUGUUGUUGUGCGUUUUUUUUAUAUUUCUAGCACGACUUAAUAAAGAUUUUUUUUUGAUUUUUGACAAGAUUUAUAACGACCUCGUCCAAUGAAGAUUUAAUUAAAAGAAUACUUUGCUUGAUGACAUCACAUUCCCGACCCUGAUCAUGGCACGCAGUCCCCCCUUGUGCCUUUUAUUCUCUGCAACGAAGUGACGGUCUGCAUCCCUGAGGCCGAACAUUCUCUAUCGUGGUCUUUGUACCAGUAAAAGGUCGCGCGUAAAAUAAAUUUCUCGUUUUUUUCCAUUGAAGAUCAAGUAUGAGCGUCGAGCAGCUAGCUUUAAGUAGUAGAGCGGCCAGUCGAUUCAUCUGACCACCCUUGUUCCAUCGCAGCGUAAAGUUCUUGUCGAGCGCAACUCAUGUUCCUCAUUUCAUCCGGUAAAAGUAGUUCAUCUUCAGAAGCAGGAGUAGAACAUCAAUAGGGUGGACUCUACUUCUUCACAAAGAGAACAAGUGGGACUUGGUCUUGGACUCCUUUGGGUCCUGGAGUGAUGCGCAAGACGCCAUCGAUCAAAAGAUUAUACUUAAUUUUCGAAAGAGCACCCCCUUGCUGGUGUUGUGGCACUAGACCCGUUGAUUGUGGCAAGGCCCAAAGCAGGUUGAUAUUUUGCCAGUCUCAGUAUUGUGAACCAGGAGAAGAC